AUGUUCCGAAACUCCAAAGCGUUGGUACAAAUGAAAACCAAAUUUCGACUGAAACCAUUCUCGAUUUUGAAGGGCAAUUGGUAGUGUCUAACCAUACUGACUGCAGAGAACAAAUGAUGGAUGAAUUUAUCAAUUCCAAAUCCUCCUGUUAUAUUGAUUCCGAUAUUUCAAACGCAGGAAGUGUUAGAGACUGCUCAGAUAACGAGAUUUCUGGAGAUGAUUCAGAAGAUAGGUCCUUGGUUUAUGAGCAAAGCGAUAUGGACAUAAGUGAAGAUACGGACCUUGAGGAACUUUGCUACGAAAAAGCCACAGCCAAUAGUAGUUUGUUCAAAACAAGCGGUAGACGAAUUGUGAACAUUUCAUACCUUUUCAGUCAAUUGAAAUCUUUGAAGCAUGAAGGUUUUAACUGUUCGUUUUUUGACUUAAACCUUGUUUCUGAAAAAAUUGAGGGUUUACAUAGCGUUUUCUCCUUUAAAUGUGAAGUAUGUAAUAUUAUUCAAAAUAUAAGGACCGAAGAUCCAGAUAAUAAUGUAAACGUAAACUUGAUGGCUGCAAUUGGUUGUAUAAGUGCUGGUAUCGGUUAUUCGCAACUUUCUGAAAUUCUUGCAUCAUUGGAUGUCCCUAAUAUGUCACACACAACGUACAGCAAACAUCACAACCAGUUGUUUUCGGUUAUACAAACCAAAAAUGAGGAACUUAUGGUAAACGCUGGAAAAGAAGAGGCUUUGUUGGCGAAAACUUCCGGUGAAGUAAAUAGUAAAGGAAUACCGAUUAUAUCCGUUAUAGUUGAUGGAGCUUGGAGCAAGCGCUCAUACCGAACAAACUAUAAUGCUUUAUCUGGAGUUGCAUGUAUUAUAGGAGCAAAGACAAAAAAACUUUUGUACAUUGGAGUUCGGAAUAAGUACUGUUACGUAUGCGCAAGAGCAACAGUUUUAAAAGAUCAUGAUUGCUUCCAAAAUUGGCAUGGAACUUCUACAUCAAUGGAAGCUGACAUUAUUGUGGAAGGUUUUAAAAAGUCUGUAAAAACGCACAAUUUGAUAUAUGGGAGAGUGAUAGGCGACGGUGAUAGUAGCGUUUAUAGAAAGUUGACAGAAGCAGCACCAUAUGGACCGACAUUUGUAAUACAAAAAAUUGAAUGCCGUAACCAUCUACUUCGAAAUUAUUUGAACAAAAUCUCAGAAAUUUCAAAAGAUUCGAAUUUUCCAAUAGCACUACGAAAGAAGGUUACUAAUAGCGACACAUUGGGUCGCUUCCGGAAUGCGGUGACUAAAGCUAUUGAACACAGGAAAAACGAAAAUAAACCAUUUGAUGAGAAAACAAAUUCAUUGAAAGGGGAUAUUUUAAAUGGCCCAAAACAUAUAUUUGGGGACCACAGUGCAUGUGACGAUUACUUUUGCAAGGGCGGGGAGGAAAACCUUGUACCUGAUCUACAAUCAUGCGGUUUGUAUAAUGUAGUGAAAUCUAUAAACAUGCGAUUGGCAAACAAUGCUGCCAGUCUGCUACAUGACGUUGACACCAAGGCCGCCGAAACCUACAAUGCUAUAGUCGCCAAGUUUGUAGGAGGAAAAAGAAUUAACUUUUCGUUAAAGAAUUCUUACCAAAUAAGAUGUAUGGCGGCGGCAAUUUCUUAUAAUUCAUCUGGAAGUUUUAUGGCAAUUAUUUUAGAAGAACUAUCUGAAUUGGCUGCAGGAACUUAUUUAGAAAAGUAUUUAGUAAAGAGAAGUAAAGCCAGAGAAAUUCGGAGACAAGGAAAAUGUGUGAAGAGGAAAAAAUUUGCUACAACAGAUAGAUCUUAUGGUCCAGAGGCGUCUAACAUUAUAGCAGAUAUGGACUUACACAAAAAAGUGUAACGAAUUUUUACGUGAAUUGGAUCAAGCAGACAAAGAAUUAAUUUUUCGUUCAUCAUUGUUGCAAUCUGGGUCAGUUGUUUGGAAGAGUGAAAGGAUGAAACGAAUUACCGCGUCAAAUUUUGGAAAAAUAUGUAAACUGCGGAAUAGUACUUCAACAGCAAAAACAGUUUCAGCAUUAUUAUACUCUUCUUUUAAAGGUUCCAGUGCUACACAAUUUGGUUUAGAAAGUGAAGAAACCGCAAUUGCUUUAUUCGAAAGUAAAUAUAAUAAAAAGGUAAACAAAAGCGGCUUAGUAAUAGAUCCAAGUAUUUCUUAUUUGGCAUGUUCUCCGGAUGGCCUAGUAGACAAUAAUGCGAUUAUUGAAAUAAAAAGUUCGGAUAAAUCUGGUCUUUUGUCACCAACUGAUGCGAUACUGCAAAAAAAAAAAUUGAUUAUUGCUUGCUGGAGAAUGAUUACACUAAAACGAAACCACAAUUAUUUUUAUCAGGUGCAGGGUUUGUUACAUACAACUCAACGGGAAGUAUGCUUUUUUAUAUUGUAUACCAGAGGAGGAUUUCAUGUUGAAGAAAUUUUAAGGGACGAUUCUUUUUGGUCACAGUACAUGGAAAAACGGCUACGUGAUUUUUAUAUGUACAGUUUACUACCUGAAUUAGUAGACCCGAGAAGAUCUCGCCAACAAGAAAUUAGGAAGGUUUACCUUACAAAAUAAUUUUUCAUGUAAUUACUGUUAUACUAUACAAUGUACAUUUUUUUUUAUUAGG